GCCCCAAGAACACCUGUUCACAAGCGUAGAUAUUUGUACCUGCUUAGAAUUCAGUUAUAACGAGUAUAGGUAUUUUAUAUUUGCACAAUUGUUUCGUCUCUGCGUCAUAAUAUAAUUCAGCUAGGUGAAGUGCAAAAUUCAAAAUUCAAGGCGAAUUAGACACCUGUGCAAGAUUACUCAUUCACCAUAUCGCAUAUGGAUACACUCAAUUUUGACAUUCAAGCACCAGAUUAUCUAUAUUUCACAUUCGCCUUUAAAGUUUGAAAAUUAAUAAAACGCUGAUUCGUCGAAAUGAAAAAAAUGACAUUGCCAAUUUUCUUCCAAAUAUUCGUUAUACUUUGGUGUUUCAGUCUUUAUCCGGUGGCGGUAUAUUCAGAAAAUGCUUUGAUUUACAGUUGGAAGUAUAAGGAGAUCGACGAAUUGAAAUCAGACGACAAACCAUGCCAAUAUUGCAUAACCGCCUGUCCACCUUCUUCAGAUCUUGAAAAAAAAUUCGACCGGAAUGAUUCGAUUGGUAGAAUUGGAAGCAGCCUAUUUCUUAAAAAAAUAUAUCCAGAUGUAGUACACAGGAAAGAUAUGGAAGUGGACAUUUGUAAUACAUCAUUUAAACCAGUAAUGAUUUGGGAUACGAAGGAAGAACUGCAUAGAAUUGGAUACGAGCUUUAUUAUAACGAGGAACAGAAACAAGGAUCGAAGUUCGAAUUGAAAUGCGACAAGCACGAUGAGUUCAGAAGAAUCGUUAAUGGAGAACCAAGUAUACUAAGGCCAGUUCCAAUCAGCGAGAACGUCAGCAAACACAAAGAUGAAGAUGGUAAGAACACAGUAUUUGAAAUACAGACAGAUGGAGUAAACCAAAAACUGGUAUUUUACUGGUUACCAGUGCUAUCAAUCAAAUCGGGGAUAUCGGCGUUGAUAGUUCAAUCAAGAUUCAAUCAUAGACAGAUCACCUUCGAAAAAGAUGUAAUCAAUAUUUACCCACAAAGAGAAACAAUCACCAAAUGUACGGAUUAUAAUUUAGGCGCUUACUCGUCACUAAUUGCAUUACAAGCAACGAACGAAGAAGAAUUGCUAAAAGAAAUAGAGGAAUUGCCAUCGCCACCAAAUAAACCAAUAAAAAUAUGCAAGCAAUUGGAGAACGAUUGCAUGAAAAUGACUCAAAUAAUGCCUAUGCUAUUUUUUCACACAACUGCAUCUAAGCUGGCUACUUGCACGUACUUGAAUUUAGCCUAUAUUUGGAACAGCAUUGCAAAUGGACGACUGAAGAAAGUCGACCGAUAUUUGUACGCGAUGCAUCGAAUAUGGGAUUCCUACGACAUGAAAAUAAGUUUCGGUAUAACGGGCGAAAUGGAUCUGGAUGUAGACUCAAUCAGUGCCUACACAGCAUCAAUCAAUUUAUCAAAAGAUAAAACUCUUCAAAAUUUCCCCACUCCUCAGAUCAUAUACAGAAUUGUCAGAUACGAAGUAGACAGCAUCAUUUAUCAAACCAUCGUAGUAAUACAUAAUAAUUCCAGUCUUGAAUUAGCCCCACGUGAGACGAGAGUUUGCUCCAAGACUGAAGAAGUAGGAGGUUGGAGUAAAAUAAAAAAUCAAUUGGACGAGCCGGGAUUAACUUACGCUUGCCCAGUGACCAGAAAUUCUUUGCUGUACUUGGGAAUUGAUGAUCACGAUGCGGUAUCACCUUCUGAUCCACUGGAAUUAAAUGCAUUUCCCGAAUAUAGAAAUGGAAAAAUUGAAAAGGUCGAUAAAACCGACGAUAUUGAAAAGCAAUUGACAUAUAUUGCUGAGCAGUUGGGUAUUGUUGAUUAAAUUUAGAAUUUAGCAGGGUAAAAUUCUAUUCACAGACUUUUUCUUUCAAUGUAGGUAGAUUGUUACAUACCUACUGAUUUUAUUGGAGUUUAAUAUUUUCAACUAGCAUUGUUCGUAAGUCAUUUUUAAGCUGUAAAUUUUGUAAAUUAUCCAUUCACCAUAAUUCAUAAU